CACCAAUCAAUGGAAAGAGUCGAAGAUUUCGGCUCGGUGAUGUGAUCAGCUCUGUCCAGUCACAGCUGAUCGCACUGAUCAUCAGGGCACUGAUGAUCAGUGUGCCCUGAUGAUCUGUGUAGCCCCAACAGUGCCACCUGUCAGUGUCCAUCAGUGCCAGCUGUCAGUGCUCAUCCAUGCCACCUGCCAGUGCCCAUCAGUGCCACAUCAAUGUCACAUUUAAGUGCCUACCAGUCCACAUCAAUGCCACAUAUAAGUGCCCAUCUGAGCUGCCUUUCAGUGUCACCCAUCAGUGC